AUGCCUCUACUGGUUCUAACUGGUGACGUCAUCGUCGUAUCUAUGAACUACCGCCUGAAUGCGUUUGGGUUUCUCAGCACUGGUGACGACAGCGUACCAGGUAAUAUAGGACUGUGGGACCAAAUUGAGGCGCUGAAAUGGAUCAAGAAGAACAUCCAGUACUUUGGAGGGGACCCUGGAAGGGUGACGAUUUUUGGCGAAUCUGCAGGUAGUAGUGCAACACAGCUGGCCCUGGCAAACGCUUCUUCAGGCCUCUUCCACCGCUUGAUAAGUCAAAGUGGUACCACCAGCGCUGCUUGGGCAGUGUCACAAAAUGGCCCAGAACUCGCUGUGAGAAUAGGAAGCAUUCUUAGCUGUCCAUCGGCAAACACCGUGGCCCUGGUAGACUGUCUACGCACCAUAGACGCCGAGGCCCUUGUGAAUACCAGUCGAGCAAGUCACGGAGACGAACUUCCAUUUAUGAUUGGUUCACAUGAACCUUUCGUCUCCGGUGCGACUUUCACUGACGACGAGAAGUAUCUGAGUGAGAUGAUGAUACGAUAUUGGUCCAACUUUGCUAUGACUGGAAAUCCAAACAUGCCAGAACCUGUCCCAGCAAUAUGGGAGGAAUACACUAUGAAUAAAGAGCACUACCUCGAAUUUGCGGUGUUAUCAAUUUGGUUUAUAUGUAGAAUGGAGUGUUGGAUCAUGGUUGUCAUCUGUGCCUCUCUUGUACUUCUGGAGGGAGUGAAAUCCCAGACCAUUGUGUACAUUGACAACGGAGCGUUACAGGGAGCGACAGAAACUGUGCAAGGGAGCAGAGUGGAUGUAUUCUUAGGUAUACCAUUCGCCAAGCCUCCCGUGGGAGAUCUCAGGUUUAGGUUACCAGAGCCUGCAGAGAACUGGGAAGGUGUUAAAGAUGCCACGGCGUUUGGACCUGCCUGCAUGCAAAUCGUGGCAGUACCUUAUCCCAACCCGGAGACGAUUUCAGAAGACUGCCUGACACUCAACGUUUUUGUUCCUGGCUCCACAAACAGUUCCAACAAUAAGGCGGUAAUGGUCUGGAUACACGGUGGGGCAUAUGAAUUUGGUGGAACUUCUAUCUACAGUUUCAAAGAAUUUGCUGUAACAGGUGACGUCAUCGUCGUGUCUAUGAACUACCGGCUGAAUGUGUUUGGGUUUCUCAGCACUGGUGACGACAGCGUUCUUGGUAAUAUAGGACUGUGGGACCAAAUUGAGGCGCUGAAAUGGAUCAAGAAGAACAUCCAGAACUUUGGCGGGGACCCUGGAAGGGUGACGAUUUUUGGCGAAUCUGCAGGUGGCAGUAGUGCAACACAGAUGGCGCUGGCAAACGCUUCUUCGGGCCUAUUCCAACGCUUGAUAAGUCAGAGUGGUACUACCAGCGCUUUUUGGGCAAUGUCACACAAUGGUCCAGAACUCGCUGUGAGAACUGGAAACAUUCUUGGCUGUCCAACGACAAACACCACGGCACUUGUAGACUGUCUACGCACCAUAGACGCCGAGACACUCAGGAAUGCCAGUGUUAAAGCCACCGUAGGGCUUGCUGGUUAUUUCUACAGACCCUCAGUCGACGGUAUAUUGCUAACGAAACCAAUAUCAGAGUUGUUAAGUGAUCCCGUUGUAUUGCAGCGCCUUCGUUCCCUUGACUUUGUUACUGGGAUUCUUGCUGGAGACGGAAGCAAUCUUGUUAUGAAUAAGUACUUCGACGGAGUUGAUCCCUUUUUCUUCCGUGACACACUGAUUCCCGAUACGACAAGGUAUGUCUUUGAAAACAAUACAGAAAUUGUCAACGCCAUAACAAAAUUCUACUAUGACAAAACCUCCACCAAAAUAGAAACUGCUCGUGAUUACGUCGACCUUGGCACUGACAUUGCAUUCACUCAACCGAUGUUUGAAUUCAUGUCGUCUCAUCUCUUUGAAGGAGGUGGGUCGACAUAUCUUUACUACUUCACGAGAAAGCCGCUAUAUGGACAUAUCGGGACUGGUUUACCAUCUUGGUUUCAGCGUGCAAGUCACGGAGACGAACUUCUUUUUAUGAUUGGUUCACACGAACCUAUCGUCUCCGGUGCCACUUUCACGGACGAUGAGAAACAACUGACUAGAAUGCUUGUAAGAUAUUGGUCCAACUUCGCCAAGACAGGAAACCCAAACACCCCAGAGCCUGUGCCAGCAAUAUGGGAGGAAUACACUGUGAAUAAAGAGCACUACCUCGAAUUUGGUGACGUCAUAGUUGGAAAGAGGAGUGUCAUUCCAAAACGGGUCAAAUUUUGGAUGAAAACCAUACCAAAAAUUGCUCGUUCAAAUUGAGUUCCAAAGAAGUGGCAAAAAGCAUUGGACGCCAUCUUUUCGAGAUUUAACAUAUACUGAAAAGUAUAAUAUCUUUGGUGGUUAUCACAAUAUAUUCCUAAAUUGUUUUAAUAUAAGUCAGCAGUGAGUUAAUCCAGACAUAUGUUUUUGGCGGAGCUGUUACCGGGAGUUAUUUGGUUCCAUUGUGGUAUUUUGGGUUUAAAUGGAGUUUUUGAUUUUGGUAUAUAACCACGAAUUGCUUUGUGGUAUAGUGGAACAGUGUUAUCAAACAAUAAAGGGAUCAAAUAGUCGUAGUAAAGGAAGUUAUGUAUAAAGGGGCACUGACCAACAAGAAAAACUAGAUAAAAAUACAAUACCUAAUGUACAGAAACUACAGUGUUAAAUUAGUCAUAAUUUGAGGUAAGAAUAAC